UUUUCGUUCAUCAAUGAUGACAAAUCAUAAUGUAAACAAAGCUAAAUAAUUAUAGCUGUAAAAAUCAUUGAUUAAUUGAAUAAGAUAGGCCUACAUCUUUACUAUUGUUCAAGAUAAACUUCCCUGAUAGAAAUCCCUGUUGAAGCUCUCGGACGCAUUUUAUUUUUUAAAUCAAUUCAUAAAUACAAACGUACACACACAACUGAAUCUUGGAAUAAUGGACUGUUUCUCAUGAUCCUGAAGUCAAGCUUAUGGGCUGAUUACGUAUUGAUGCAGAGUGCUUAAGGAUUAUAGCUUGAUACAUCUUUAUCCAUGACACUUAAAAUUAAUGUUAAAAUAUCGUAAAAGAAUGAUGACCUUCGAAUUUCUAAGCUUCUUAUACAAACAAUUUCUGAAUUUUAAGAAAUCAAAUUAUCUCCAAUGAGAUUCGUGAAUACUGCACAUUUACACAUUUAAUUUAAUGAAAGUGUGCAAAUAGUAAUAUAAAAUGUUUGAACGCAAAAUGCGUUUUGAAACGUGCUUAACAUAAAAUCCAUGGACGUUUCCGAGUUAACACCAUUCUUAAAUUAAUUUUCUCACGUUCGUGGAUAUUCCUGGGGUAUUGGUUGCACGUUAGCUCCUGAUAACGUGGAGUUUUCCGGGAUAUUUUCACGUGUAUAACACCUAAAUGGGGCCCAGUUUUCUACAGAAAGUCCUCUCGUGAGGCACCUUCCCUUGACAGAUCGCCCAUGUGUUGCAUUGCCUUAUUCCUAUCAAUCCUAUAUUACCUUAUCCAAAGAUUCUUCACUGAUAAUUAUUCACUUCAGGGAUACUUUCGUGAAUAAUUAUCAUCCAUGAAGGAAUCUUAACACGUUCAUUUGAAGAUGUCUUCGAAGUAACUUGGACAUCGUGUCCAUGAUUGAUUUCAAUGUGCCUACCACAAGAAUAAAACACGUUAAAAUGAUUUUGAUGUCAAAAAUAUUCGUAAUUUUACUUGGUAAUAGUUUCUAUUAUCCUAACAUUUCAAAAUAUAAAAAAUAAUUAUUAAAAUUAUUUUUAAAAAAUGUAACUGAUGAUGAUUAUAAUGGCCAUCACGAGAGCCUGUUGAAGACUUCACUUAUAUCCUUUAAAGAUGUAUAUAUUUCUACAGAAUAUAUUUUACUGAGAAAUUAACGUGAAAGUGUAACGUUUAGGAAGAAAAUCUAUAACAAAAUUGGAACUGUUCAAAUACCAUUGAACACUCGUCUUGCACUAAAGAUGAUUCAAUAAUCUGAGCUACAGUUACUCCUUCGAGUAAAACAAUGGUGUACUAUACUACUGAUUGAACAUAUCUAUUGAAUAUAAUGUGAACAUGUCCAUCAACUUACUCUAGUAUAACAUGUUCAUGUAUAGCCUGUAUAAUUGAGUGGUUGAACAUGUUCUCGUGGGUCCAACGCAAUGGUUGAAUGUAAAUUUCUGUCAAAACUUCAAACAGCAGUUACUUUAUUGAAUAUUUUAUUGCUAUUUUUAUCAAUUUUACGAAUUAUUUAACUAAAUUUUAAUCGGGGUUAACAUUUAAUUAGGAUAAUCUGUUUAUCUUGAACACGCGCUACGUUCCAAAUAGUUUGUAGAUAAUUAAUACGUUUGUACAGACGUAAUUAUACACGUCUGAACACGUAAAAUUUUCGAGAUUUUUCGAAAGAAACAGUAUUUUUUUCUGUGUUAAAUACACUUAAAUGCCUUCAUCUCCGAGGUGAUGAUUUGAAUCCAUCAUCAUUCACGUGGCGAGAACACUGUUUUAUCAAUAAACUAUUAAACAAAUGAUUGAAAUCUUUACUCUCUUAUAGAAAAUGCAGUUUUCUUGAAGCAUUUCCCGUAUAAAAAUCGCAAUUUAUUACACGAAUUUCUCGCUUAUAAGCAAAGGAAACGUGCGCAUUAUACAAGGUAAAGGCGGCGAAUUUCCGGAUGUACGAGGUUACAACCGGAUUUCCGCUAUCGGUAACGGUCAGAGGACGCAUAAAUGUUGGAAAUAAUGAAAGGUUAUGUUUUGAUAAGUGAUAAUAUCAAAUUUCUGGCGAUUUAUUUGACAUAUUUCGGAAAGGAAUCUUAAGGGGGAAACGUGUAUAUAUAACAAAUCACUGCAAAGUGGAAAAUCGUGUUUCCCCAUUUACCUCGUAAGCAAAAGUUUACUUUGAUUUAUUGGUGGAUUGAUUGAUGUGACGACUCUAGAGGGGGGUAGCUUUAUCUGGAGAAGUUUUGCCACUAUCUACACACUUAACGAUGCAUCCUCUAUUGAAUCACGUUCCUACCCAUCGACAAAUUUCUCCAAUAACCUUGAAAGUUUCGCGUAUUUGUGAAGUUUUAUAUGAUUUUCGACUGCUGAUGUGACUAUUUUACGCAUUUCAUUUAAAAUAACAAUCUUUAAAGCUGAAAUCUCGCUUAAAAAUCGGAGGAAUGGACGAUUUCCUGUCGAUUUUAGUUAAAUUAAUCGACUUUUCUGCUUCGAUGAAGUCUCGGAAUUUUGAUAGAGUAGAGAAGCUGUUUCAAAGAUGUCUCAUGAGAGUGCUUAACAUUGACUUGUGGCGUUGCUAUUUGGGAUAUGUCAAGGAGACAAAGAUGUCUUUACCCUCGUACAGAGAAAAAAUGGCACAAGCAUAUGACUUUGCACUAGACAAAAUGGGGAUGGAUAUUAUGUCUUAUCCUAUUUGGAAUGAUUACGUUAACUUCCUAAAGAGUGUCGAAGCUGUCGGUUCUUAUGCUGAGAACCAGAGAAUUACAGCUGUCAGAAAAGUAUAUCAAAGAGGCAUCAUCAAUCCCAUGAUCAAUAUUGAGCAAUUAUGGAAAGAUUAUGUCUCUUAUGAGCAGGGAAUAAAUUCCAUCAUUGCCGAUAAGAUGGUUGCCGACAGAAGUAGAGACUAUAUGAAUGCCAGGAGAGUGGCAAAGGAAUAUGAGGCGGUGACAAGGGGACUAAAUCGUAAUGCUCCUUCUGUUCCGCCACAAGGAAUUCCCGAAGAGUCCAAACAGGUUGAAUUAUGGAAAAAAUAUAUAGCUUGGGAGAAAAGUAAUCCUCUAAGAACAGAAGAUCAUGCAACAAUUACUAAAAGAGUUAUGUUUGCAUACGAACAGUGCCUUUUGUGCUUGGGUCAUCAUCCUGACAUCUGGUAUGAAGCUGCACUCUUUCUAGAAAUGUCAAGUAAAUUAUUAAUAGAAAAGGGGGAUAUGAAUGCUGGCAAACUGUUUAGCGAUGAAGCUGCUGCAAUAUACGAAAGAGCGACGACUACGCUUCUUAAGAAAAACACGCUUUUGUACUUUGCCUAUGCUGAUUUUGAGGAGGGAAGAAUGAAAUAUGACAAAGUUCACCAGAUUUAUAAUAAAUUUAUAGACAUUCCAGACAUCGAUCCGACUUUGGCUUAUAUUCAGUAUAUGAAAUUUGCAAGGAGAGCAGAAGGUAUUAAAGCGGCGAGAGCAGUGUUCAAGAAAGCGAGAGAAGAAAAUCGCACAAAGUAUCACAUAUUUGUCUCCGCCGCACUCAUGGAAUAUUAUUGCAGUAAGGAUAAGAAUGUUGCUUUCAAAAUAUUUGAGCUAGGAUUAAAAAAGUAUGCAGAUAGUCCAGACUACAUUCUUGCAUAUAUUGAUUAUCUUUCACAUUUAAAUGAGGAUAAUAAUACAAGAGUGUUAUUCGAACGUGUCCUGACUUCAGGAAGUCUAGCAGCAGAACGUUCCGUAGAGAAGAUCGGUACGGACCGGGAUUCCAAUCCGCAACACUCGCAGGCCGUCAGAGAAAUAUGGAAUAAAUUUCUAGAGUUUGAAUCUAACAUUGGAGAUCUGUCUAGUAUAUUAAAAGUUGAGAAGAGAAGGGCAGCGAUAAUUGAAAGCCUGAAAGAGUUUGAAGGCAAAGAGACUGCACUUCUCGUCGACAGGUAUAAAUUUCUAGAUCUCUACCCCUGUUCUCCAUCAGAAUUAAAAGCGAUAGGUUAUAGAGAAUUAGCAAAGCAGCAUGUAGUUAGUUUACCAGCCACAUCGGUAGUAAAACGAGAAACCAUUCUGGACGACGACGACGAGAAUGGAAGAAAACCAGCAUUCCCUCGUCCCGACACUAAUCAGAUGAUUCCUUUCAAACCCAGGCAGAUAUAUCCUACCUUAGCUCAUCCUGUCGCAGGAGGUGUUUUCCCUGUUCCUCCCGCAGCUUCCUAUCUUCUUACUCUGUUACCUCCACCAACAUGCUUUCACGGUCCAUUUGUCGGCAUAGAUAGCCUUAUAGAGAUAUUCAAGAACUGCACUCUUCCAGAAAGUCCUCCCGUACCCGCAGAAAAUGGUAUAAUUAAAGAUGGAGAAAAGUUAUUUGAACAUGCAAUUCAAGCGAUGGGAAAUUCCACGUCCAGUGCGACCAAGAAGAGGAAAGUGGGAGAGGACGGCGCUAACGAAGAAAGCGAAGAAGAAGACGGAGGCAUGGUGCCACCCAUCAAAGACAUUUAUAGAAGCAGACAACAGAAAAGAGUUAAAUAGAUGGAAGUGAGACUAUUCAGUUUUAUGCUUUUAUUGCACCAUAUCAUCAUGGACAGAUAACAUUGAAUCAUCCUGAUUGUUUCCAUUCCACUGUAAAUUCAUUUUUUCAUUACUGUAUAGACAAAAUUUGAAGAUGAUACAAAUAAAAAGGUUUUGUAUAUUUAUCAAUUCUUCUUCUGUCAUGUUAAAAAUCCCUCUAUAACUAUACUAACUUACAAAGUUAUAAAUUUGAUGAAUACAUAUCUGGUAUCAAAGGGAUGGGAACCAAAACUAAAAGUUCAUAUACAUCCAAAUAUCACCUAGCAUUAAUUACAUAAUUUAAAUUUUCAAGAUCCACAGAUCCUCAUGUAACAUUUCAAUUUACACAAAAUUUGCUACUUAUAGAUGGCCAAAGAGUAAAGACAAGGGUAUCAACAGGUUCAA